AUGUCUCAGGGAGCGAGCCUGUGCGCGGCCCGGUCUGAAGGCGUCCGCGGCUGCGCGGCUGGUUUCCUCGUUGUGCUGCUUUACCGUCCCCCCCACCGCCCUCUGCCUUCCCCCUUUCUCUCUCCCUCUUUAUGUUCCACAGCGUGCCGUGUCGUUAUCCGCGCUUUGUGUCACCGUGGAGCAGGAACCCUGUCAGACCAGCUCACAGAAACACGAACCGUGACGCUUUUCUCCGCCAACACCACGAAGCGCUGCCGCGUGCGCGUGCACGUGCAGCGGGCGCCGUUCGCACAUGGUAGUGACAUCAUACAUGGUGAAAAAGCCCCACAGAACUCGAUGAAGUACAUGGCCUCUGUGCAGGACUACAAGGGUCACCAUGUUUGUGGAGGAUUUCUUAUCACUGAGGACUUUGUAGUCUCGGCUGCACACUGUGAUGACUUCAACCCCAUACUCGUUGUUCUCGGCAACCACAAUCUGAAGAACGGCAAUCAUCAAAAAAUAAAGAUUGAAAACAAAAUCAUCCAUGAAAAUUAUAAAGAUGCUGGACAGGGUGAUGACAUCAUGCUGAUUAAACUGUCUGAGAAAGUUAAACUGGGCAAUGGCGUAGAAACAAUUCAGCUUCCACCUGCUGAAAUAAACCUAAAAGAAAACCAAGUGUGUCAGUUGGGUGGAUGGGGAAAAACUAAAACUGAUGAUAAUAAACCUGCUGAUGAGCUGAUGGUGGCGAACGUGUCUGUCAUUCAACGAAAGGUCUGUGAGCCCCAGUGGCCUGGUCUUCCUGCCAAUGUUAUCUGUGCAGGUGGAUACAAAACAACCAAAGGAUUCUGUCAGGGAGAUUCUGGUGGUCCUCUGGUGUGCGACGGGUCAGCUUAUGGCGUCGUUUCUUUCAACUAUAAAGGAAACUGCAGUUACCCCGAUAAACCCAACGUCUAUACAGACAUCUCAAAAUACCUUCAGUGGAUUGACGGGAUUGUGAAAUCCAGAAAAUAUGAUGAGUAA